CAGGAAACACCGACGCAGCGUGAUGGACGACGACGAUCAAGGCAAGGGCUACGCCUGGGAAGGCUCGUUCGAAAGAUCGUGGGACGGAAUUGAAGAGGACGAAAGCGGUGCGCUCAAGCUCGGCGCCUUCAUGACGUCAUCUGGCGACAAGUCGCGCUUGCGCCGCCAAGAGAUGCUGCAGCGCGUGCGCAAGGGCCUCAUCCGCUACGUCUACGUCAUCAUCGACCUUUCCAAGGGCAUGAGCCAGAAGGACUGGAAGCCGCAUCGCUGCGCUGUUGUCACGGAAGAGGUGCAACGCUUCGUCGCCGACUACUUUGACCAGAACCCCAUCUCCCAGCUGGGCUUGAUUGGUAUCAAGAGUUCCGUGGCAGAAAAGCUUAGCGAUUUGUCGGGCAACCCGGGACACCACAUCGACAUCCUCAAGCGCACGAUCACGGUGCACGGUGAACCGAGCCUCCAGAACGCGCUCGAGAUGGCCAAGUCGGCGCUCAAGACGGUGCCAUCGUACGGCUCGAAAGAGAUCGUCGUCGUGUACGGCAGCCUCACAACGACGGACCCCGGUGACAUCUUUGCUACGAUCACGGCCCUUCAGAAAGACUCGAUCCGGUGCUCCUUUGUGAGUAUCGGCGCCGAGAUGCACCUCCUGCGCCGCAUUGCCAAGGACACGCAAGGGACGUACUCGGUCGCGAUGGACCCCAACCACUUUAAAGAUCUCAUCUCGGCCUUUACGAUCCCGAGCCCGAGCCUCGCCACGGCCGCGACCAAAUUCGCGACGCUCGUCGAGAUGGGAUUCCCGCAACGACGCAGCGGUGCGCUCUCGCUGUGCGUCUGCCACCAAGUGUUUACGACCACAGGGUACCUCUGCCCUCGCUGCAAAUCCAAGAGCUGCGAGCUCCCGACGGUCUGCGCCGUGUGCAACCUGCCACUGGUCUCGUCGCCGCACCUCGCGCGGUCGUACCACCACUUGUUUCCGAUCGCCAACUACGAGAAGCGCUCGGCGGACGAGCUCCGCACGCGCAAGUGCUUUGGGUGUCUCGGGGCGCUUCAGAACCUGGGCUACGAGUGCCCGACGUGCACGCAUGUCUUUUGCAACGACUGCGACUUGUACAUCCACGACUCGCUCCACAACUGCCCCGGCUGCAAGUGACAGAAGAGCGCUCGAAUAACGAUGCCAAUAUUGAUAUGCUCGCUCCGGC